AUGGUCCGAGCUCUUCCUUCAAUAAAAACUUCCAGGCACGAAGAGUUAGAUGAUUGUAAAGCUGGAGGAGAGGAUGCUGAGUGUGGUUACCCCAUCRCCUGCGGAGACAGCCGAGCCGUCCUGCUCGUCAGGAAGUUUGUGUGUCCUGGAAUCAACGUGAGAUGUGUCCGAUUUAAUGAGCAGCUCAUUAGUCCCAAGCAGUUCGUAAACUUGGCUGGGAAAGCCACUCUGAAGGACUGGAAGAGGGCCAUCGGGCUGGGAGGGGUCAUGCUCAAGAAGAUGAUGGACUCCGGCCAGAUAGACUUCUACCAGCACGACUCCGUGUGCAGCAACACCUGCCGCAGCACUAAAUCUGAUGUGCUGAUCAGYGGCCCGCUGCCUCCUCCAGGGAUCUCGGUGCAGCCGGGCCUGUCGUGUCUGGCUCCAGACCCUGCUGGAGGACGAGCGCUUCCUCUGACAGAAAUGCAUAAUGUGGGGGAAGGAAAUGAGUCUUCUGAGGAUUCAUUCAGAGCAACAUCAGAGAGCACUAAUAGUCCACAGAAACUUGGAAACCCCACAACAGCCAACAGAUGAGUGCUGAGUCUUUGGAGGUGGGUUUCAGAUGCCGGGCUGAUGGGGGCGGUCCUGUUCGCUCCAGAAUAAAUUGGUGACCACUUUAAUAGGAGUGGAGCUUCGCAGUGAGAAGGCUGACCUGCAGGAUACAGAUGUCUUCAUACUUCAUUCCUUGUGUGAGAUGUUUGGGCUUUUAGACUCUGUGAAACAAGCCGUGGACCUGAGGUGCAGCCAGAACGAAGUGCUGGACCAGUUCUUGAAAGACCAGAGGAAGCAGAGCUGCAAUAAAAGCCGAUCUCUCAAAGCCUCGUCCCUGAAUCACCUUCGAUCUCAUCGUCAGAGCCGGUGGAGAAGACGCAGCCAUAACUUGCUGUCGGCYGUUAAAAGAAGCACAGUGAUCUGUCCACUUCCUGUUAACGGUUUCCCUGCUGCACCUCGCUCGCAGYUCUUCUCUCAUCCCUCUGCCUUUGUCCCUCAGAGUCUCCUGGCUGCAGGUGGCAAAGCAGACGGGGAUGACGAGGACAAAGACAUGGCAGGGAUGCACAAAAAUACCAAACAAAGGAGGGGAAACCUUCCUGGAGGCUCCUACACCAGAGAGGAGGAGGUGAAAGAGACAAAAAAAMCUCACAUGAGACUGAGAUUAUUAGAGAAAAGACGACAAGAAGAAGUAAUAAUUAGGAUGUGUAGUCUGAAAAGUUGCAGUGAAGAAACAAAAACUCUUAUUAUCCACUGCAACACUGUCUUGCUGCAAUAAUCUAUGUUUGCAAUAUGCAGUAUUCAACUAUUUUUUUGUUUUCAGGGAGCCAUACAUUUUAAAAGUAUUCAGUAGUUCUUCAGGCUUUCUGCUGUUCUUUCAAAGCUUUUCCUCACAAUUUUAUUAGCCAGWUCCUGUGGAUCUGUUCUUUUUAAACAGGCCUGCUGCACUCCUCCCCUUUGUCUGUUCUUCUCGGUCUCAGUGAAAAAGCAAAGAGGGGCCUCCUGUGUGUGUCUGCAUCUGAGGAGCAAAAUGUUUUCAUCACCUGCGACUCGGUCCCCACAGUUCGUUUAAAAGAGUCGGUCAAACGAUUCAGAUCAAACUUUUCCAUCAAACUUUCCAGCAGAGCCRGCUCUUGGCAUAGGCGAACUAGGCGGUCGCCUAGAGCGCCAUCUGCUAGAGGGGGCGCYGAACUGCAGAAGA